AUGCGAUUUGGAUUCAUCACAGACGUUCCCACCAAGUAUUACUAUUCCUUUAUUAACCCCGACGCCAUCUCUCAACAGUGCGAUGGGCAAAGUCCCCAGUGCAGGAAUUGCGUCAAGGCAGGGCGCGAUUGCCUCGUCGAGGACCCUGGGACGGGUCUGCAGCGACCUCGAGAUCACAUACGCACGCUUGAGGCCCGUAUCGCCUACUUGGAGACCCUGGUGCAAGACCAGACCCCAGAGGCGGCCAAUCGUCAUGUCUUUAGCACGUCGGGCCCGCGCGAGGGCCAGGCAGGCCCCUACGCCUACCACAGAGCAGACGCUGGCAGCGAUACUUUAAGCAGUGAAGUUGCGGUCCUGUGCCUCAGCGCCGCCGGUCGGGAGCCCCACUACUUUGGGCCUUCAUCGGCCGUCUCCUUUUCACGCAUCGCCAGUGCAGUCAUGGGCUUACCGAAUAAGAAGAGUAUGCGGGCAACUUCUGAUCACGGGGGGUCCGACAAGGCGCGAGAGGGCCGGAGGCGGACCGUCCCUGUCAUAGACUUUCCCUCGGCUAGUCGGAUGGAAAAGCUUUCAGAGGCCUAUUUUGCCAACAUCCAUCCCCAAUAUCCCUUUCUACAUCGCCCGACGGCACGUAUGAUGGAAAAAGAGUGUAUGGAGGCUAGCCAGACAGGCGACGUCAGCACAGCGCGCGACACAUCGUUGUUUUUUGUGCUGAUGAUAUAUGCCAUUGGAUCGCUGACGCUUGGCCGUGACGAGGUUGACGCGGCCGAGGGUUACUACGCAAUGGCUCUCGACCGAAUCGGUCAGCUAUUGGAGCUGAAUAAUCUACAGUCGAUUCAAGCUCUGUUAUGCUGCGCGGUCUACUCUAUACGCUCUCCAGUCGGAGUGAGUUUAUGGAAGAUCUCCAGCAUGGCUAUUCGGCACUGUGUCGAGCUUGGUUAUCAUCGAAGCUCAGAGAGGUUUUACAGUUCUGCUAAUACUCUGACAAAGGAAAUGUCGAGGCGGUGUUUUUGGGUGUCGUAUGAUAUUGAUAGAGUUGCUUCAUUUAUCCUUGGCCUUCCUGUCGGUAUUGCAGAUACAGCCAUUGAUGCAGAGCUCCCAUCUGAUAUCAAUGAUGAAGACAUCACUAUUAAUGGAUUCCAAUGCCCUCCACGCACAGAUCCGACCGAGCCUGCCACGACCAUGACCAGCAUGCUCCACGCCACCAAACUGCGUCAAAUAUGGUCCAAGUUCAGUGAUAACAUCUAUUUCAACAGCGUCCAUUCUGCCCAAACCCUGGGAAUGGUGCACGGCACUUCUGUUGAAAGCCUCCGCCAAGAGCUCGAGCAGUGGUACGCCAUGACGCCGGUCCAGCACCCCAGUCGUCCGUCCCAGCCUCUUUCUGUUUUCGUGUCCAAAGAUUGGUUCCAGUUGGCGUACGACUACUCGAUUCUGUUGCUUUAUCGGCACUGCAUCACGAGCUCCGGUAAUACCCUGGGUGACUACCAGCCCAUGGCGUCGGAAAGCGUCUCGGGGGCACGGGACCGCGCUUUUGAGAUUUGCGCCGAAAAAGCGCGGGACAUCUGCCUGAUCUACCGCCGUGUGUACCAGAUCAACGGCUCGGCCGUGCAGUUCACUUGGGGGAGCUUGCAUAUCCUCUUUUUAGGAGGCCUGACGUACCUGUACUGCCUAUGGCGCUCUCCCUACGUGCGCCAGCAGAUGCGCCCCAUCAAUGUCAUGAAUACGUGCAUGGCCUGUACUACGGUGCUCAUCAUCAUUGCCGAACGCUGGCCACAAACGGCGGCGUACCGAGACAUCUGGGAAAGCCUCUCAGAGCGCACCAUCAAGAUGAUAUGUGACGGUACUGAAAAGGAUGUACCCAACGUAGGAUUGUCUGCAGGGUUCGAUGGCUCUCUCGACCCGUCAAAGAACAGCGACAUGGGCAGUCUGGACCCAGCCGACGCAUCAUGGACGACCUUGCAAGGGCUAGAUACAUUUGUGCCUCUGGAAGACUGGAUCAUUAACCUCGAGUACACAGCAAUACCAGGGGAUCCCCAAUGGCUGGCCCAGGAACUCCUCCAGGGUUUGAGGGGGCAGGAUCCCAUGCUCGGGCCUUUGCAGGAGUAG